UGGAGCUCCGAUCAGCUUUGCGCGCGCGCGUCUAUCAGACACUGGGGACCCGCUCACAGCUAUGACCCAGCCGCCGUUUCCUUUACCUGGAUUAACUCCGAUGUGAACCUGCUGUUUGCGCCUCCUCCGUCCUCCUCUGUUCCUCCAUCGCCACUCUCCCCCAGCGGCUUCACGUCCAGCAGCGGAGCUUCAGCAGGAACUAACCUGACCGGCGCCUCCGUGCUCCAACCCUCAGCUUGUGCGUGCAGUCAUGGGGUGCGUGAUUUCCUUCUCGCGUGGACAUCUGAGGCACUCAAGCGUACUGUGAGGCGGACGCCAGGUGGAUUUAUGGUCGUCAAAGGUCUUGACUGUUGGCCUAGGGAAAUAAGUGGAAGUUUGAGCUCCGGGAGGAUGCGGGUGACGAGCUUGUGCGCCGUGUUCCUCCUGACGCCUGCACUUUGUCUGGUUCCAGGUGCUCAUGCUUCAAAGUCAGACAUUGUCAAGUCAGGAAGCCCAAAAUCCACACUAAAACAUAUAUGGACAGAAGGCAGUAAGGAAAUGUCCAUCAGUAGGCUACUGUCACAGACUCUGCAUAGCAAAGAGAAUAGCACAGCCUUGGACCUUCGCUAUGACACUCCGGAGCCCUAUUCAGAGCAGGACCUGUGGGACUGGCUGAGGAACUCCACCGAUCUACAGGACUCACGGUCACGGUCCAAACGGCGGCCCAUGGUUAAAACAGGCAAAUUCAAGAAGAUGUUUGGUUGGGGAGACUUUCACUCCAACAUCAAGACAGUCAAACUCAACCUGCUAAUCACCGGUAAGAUCGUGGACCAUGGCAAUGGUACAUUUAGUGUCUACUUCCGCCACAACUCCACAGGUCAGGGCAAUGUGUCUGUCAGUCUGGUCCCUCCAACCAAGAUUGUGGAGUUUGAUGUAGCAGCACAGCAAUCCGUCAUCGAUGCCAAGGACUCCAAGUCCUUCAACUGCCGCAUAGAGUACGAGAAGGUGGAAAAGGGGGCCAAGAACACACUCUGCAACUUCGACCCAUCGAAGACUUGCUACCAGGAGCAGACCCAGAGCCAUGUGUCAUGGCUCUGCUCCAAACCUUUCAAAGUCAUCUGCAUCUUUAUUUCCUUCUACAGCACCGACUACAAACUGGUGCAGAAAGUGUGCCCAGACUACAACUAUCACAGUGACACUCCCUACUUCCCCUCUGGCUGAUGUCCCACCAUACACACCCAAAGGGGGAUGGUGUAGGCGAGUGGGAACACAGACUGGGGAUCAUGCCCCUCCCAGAGAAACAUGUAUGUUAGCUGUACGGUCCUUCAACAUGUUCAUGCCAGAGUGUCAGCCAUCCCAAUCGAUUCACCUAUUCAGUGUUCUGAAGUUUGCAGAGAGAACUACUUUUGACCGUUAUAUAAUAAGAUAUAUAUGAGAGUAUUACGCCUAAAAAUGACCAGAAAAAUUCUCAUUUCUGACUGUUUUGGCUGUUCUUUUUUUGUCCCUGAGUAUGGUUUUGUCCCGGUUGAAUCAUGCUGAGAAUACAGAAGCUUCAUAGUCCUAAUGGACUGGCAAUUGUCAAUAUUGAACUUCAUCUUUUUAGAUUUUUUUAGCUUACUUCUCACUCCUAGUUCAAUUAGAUCUUCAUGUUUUAGCACUAUCAUCAACUCUCUGGACCAUAGCAUAUGGACUGUUUGCCCUCUGUUGUGCUACUUAUGCUCUACAGUUUAUCCUGCAUAACUGGAAAACAUAAUCAAUUCUCCUCAUUAAAAAAGAAAAAUAUAUAUAUAUAAAAAAAAAAAAAUUCAGAUGUUUUACAACCUCUGCAAA